AUGGAUCAAUCACAGACAAAAGCUCUCGCUGCGAUUCAGCCUUUUGUUCACCUCGCCACUACCACCAAAAACCCAUCACCACGCUUUAUUGCUGAACUGAUCAAAGGCGCAAUCUCCGCUCCUGGGGCUUAUAUCUUCACCGAGCUUCUUCAACUGCCUGUGAUACAGAGCUUGAGAGGCACGCAAGGGGAACCUUGGUUGAAACUGUUGGAGAUCUUCAGUUGGGGGACGUAUGAGGAGUUCAAAGCCGACCCAUCUCUUCCACCCCUCGAUGAAGCUCAGACCUUCAAACUGCGUCAGCUUAGUCUUCUGACUUUGGCCUCGCCAUUUGCCCCCACUAGCAAGAACACAACAGCCAAUGCUUUGACCUACCCUGGGCUGCUUGCAACCCUCCUGCUUUCUACCUCCCAAGAGCUAGAAUAUCUGGUGACACAGUCGAUCUAUUCCGGUCUCCUCACUGCUCGUCUCAGUCCCACAUCGAGUCCCCCCACCGUACACAUCAUGUCCGUUGCCCCUCUUCGCGAUCUGCGCCCUCACUCCCUCCCCGUACUCUGGCAGAUCCUACAGACAUGGGAAUCACGCUGCACCGCCGUCGUGAGCGACCUCGAAGCGCAAAUUUCCGCUAUCCGAGCAACCGCUCAGCAGAGAGCGUUACAAGAAAGAGCCCGACAGAACGAGAUAGAUUCUCUAGUCCUCAGCACUGACCGACAGCAAACAUCAAGCGAUAAUGGCGUCACACCAGGAAACGGACGGGCAGGUCGUUCCGCCGGAUUUGGUGUAGGCCAACGUCCUCCGAGCAAGCGAGACCUCGAUCAGCAGAUGGAAGGCGAGGGUGACGACGUGGAUGAUGAUUACGACGAGAGCAAGAUGGAUCUGGACGAGGGUGUCAGUGAGGGCACAGGCAUCUUCGGAGGGUCUGGGUCGCGAGGCGGAGGAAGUGGGGGAUCACGAGGUGCAAAGCGAAACCGUGGACGAGGCUCGUCAAAAUGA